CCCUGCGCGCCCUGACGUCGCCAGGCCGUGGCGGUGUCCUGGGGAACCAAAGAGACCGGGGAAGAUGCGGACCGGGUGGGGGGCCCGGCGGGCCAAGGCCGUGACCCCCGCGCAGCGAGGAGUAAGCGGGCCCCGGGUGCGGCAAACGGUCAGCGAGCGGAGGGCCGGGGCCGGGGCCCCGCGGCGCCUCGGGAGCGCCCCGCACCGCGCCCGCCGCCGGCCUCCCGCCAGAGGCGUCGCUGUGCGCUGGCGCCGGCCCGGGAGCCGCGUUCCGCGGGGAGCGGGCGCUCGCGCCGAGCAGGGGUUUCAGUUUCUGGCGCGAACUUCCGCCGUUCCGAAGUUGCACGGCGAAUUGGCGCGAUGUCCGGGGACAGCAGCGGCCGCCGGUCCGAGGGCCGGGGCCGGGGCCGCGACCCGCACCGGGAUCGCACCCGCUCCCGCUCCCGCUCGCGGUCCCCGCUGUCGCCCGUGUCCCGCCGCGGCGCCGCGCCCGAGCGCAGGGAGGCCCCGGAGCGCCCGAGCCUGGAGGAGGCAGAGCCGUCGGAUUCCGGGGACGAGAUGGUGGACCCCGCGAGCUUGGAGGCGGAGACCGACCACGGCCUGUGCCGCCAGAUCCGCCAUCAGUACCGGGCGCUCAUCAACUCGGUCCAACAAAACCGAGAGGAUAUACUGAAUGCCAGCGACAAACUAACUGAGGUCCUUGAAGAGGCCAACACUCUGUUUAAUGGAGUGUCCCGGGCAAGAGAAGCAGUCCUGGAUGCCCAGUUUCUUGUUUUGGCUUCAGAUUUGGGCAAAGAGAAGGCAAAGCAGCUGCGUUCUGAUCUGAACUCGUUCGAUAUGUUGCGCUACGUUGAAACUCUACUGACACAUAUGGGUGUAAAUCCGCUAGAAGCUGAAGAACUCAUCCGUGAUGAAGAUAGUUCUGAUUUUGAAUUCAUAGUCUAUGACUCCUGGAAAAUAUCAGGCAAAACAGCAGAAAACACCUUUAAUAAAACCCAUACAUUCCACUUUCUGUUGGGUUCAAUACAAGGAGAGUUCCCUGUGCCAAAGCCACGAAGCGAUCGUCCGAGAAAAGGUCCCACGACAGAAGAGAAGAAGACCAUGCCUGACCAGUUAAGUGAAAUGGAAGAAUCUCAUCAAGAAGCAACAGAAAAGGAAGUGGAAAGAAUUUUGGGAUUAUUGCAGACCUAUUUCCGAGAGGAUCCUGAUACUCCUAUGUCCUUCUUUGACUUUGUGGUUGAUCCACAUUCUUUUCCCCGAACAGUGGAAAACAUCUUUCAUGUUUCCUUCAUUAUAAGGGAUGGUUUUGCAAGAAUAAAGCUUGACCAAGACCGACUGCCAAUAAUAGGUAUCGAACUUUUACGUUGCUGUAUCUUUACUGAAAAUAUCGCCAUCAUUUAAAGCCAGAGGGUUCAUCUGUAUCAUUGACUCAACACUUACUGCCUUAAAGAUUGACAAGAAAGUCCCUCCAGUUUUUAUCUAGAAUGUUUGUAAUUGCAGUUACUAUUGUACUUUCCUUCCUUCUAUUUUUCCCUGAAGCCACCUCCCUCCUCUCCUUGGGAGAAUCUUUCUCAACUAAUUUCACCGGUCUCCAUGAGUCCUUUGUUUCCUAAGGUCUCCUGCAGAGAAUCAAGUACAUCCAUUGCCUUUAUUGUUACUUUAAAAGCUCUUAAUUUCUCUCCGACUCACUAGGGCUCAGCUCUGUGGUUAGUACUUAGAUCUGCAGAGGUUUUUAAAUGAUUGCAACGUGUCACUCCAUCUUGUGGGGUUUUUUAAAAAUGGAAGCAAAUGGAUUACUUGCUACAACACUAUAACAAGUCAAUGAUGCGUGGGAUCCUAAUAAGUAUGUAAUAUUAUAAGUGUCUUUUCGAUACAGGCUUCAUUCCUGUUCAACAGUUUCCCUUCAGCCUACCUCCUGUGAUUCGAUAACCUUUGAAAACUUUUGUCUUUCCAACAGAGCCUGUUAAUAUUAAUGAAGAAAGUGAGGGAAUUGAC